AUGAAGCGGCGCAAUGCGGACUGCAGCAAACUCCGGCGGCCGAUAAAACGGAACCGAAUCACCGAGGGCAUCUACGGCAGUACGUUCCUGUACUUGAAGUUUUUGGUCGUCUGGGCACUCGUACUACUGGCCGACUUUGUAUUGGAGUUUAGAUUUGAGUAUCUCUGGCCUUUCUGGCUCUUCAUCCGAAGUGUAUAUGACUCCUUCAGAUACCAAGGCCUGGCCUUUUCAGUAUUCUUUGUUUGUGUGGCAUUUACCUCGGACAUAAUUUGCCUCCUCUUCAUCCCAGUGCAAUGGCUGUUCUUUGCUGCCAGUACAUAUGUCUGGGUCCAGUAUGUGUGGCACACAGAGAGAGGUGUCUGUUUGCCAACAGUGUCUCUAUGGAUACUAUUUGUUUAUAUAGAGGCAGCCAUAAGAUUCAAAGACUUGAAAAACUUCCACGUGGACUUAUGUCGACCCUUUGCUGCACACUGUAUUGGCUAUCCUGUAGUAACACUGGGCUUUGGCUUCAAGAGCUACGUAAGUUACAAGAUGCGCCUCCGGAAACAAAAGGAAGUUCAAAAGGAGAAUGAAUUUUACAUGCAGUUAUUGCAACAAGCUUUACCUCCAGAGCAACAAUUGCACCAGAGACAAGAGCGAGAAGCGGAGGAAGCACCUGCUAAAGGAUUGUCUGAUGUGGAUACAGCCCCAGUGUCCCAGAAUGGCACCCCUGCAAAUAAAAAGAUAGCAGCUUCAUUGCCAGAGUUGGAAUAUAGAGAAAAAGGGAAAGAAGCAAAGGGUGCUGGGGACAGCAAAAAGCAACACAACAGCAUCCUUUCAUCAUCUGUGGACUCUAAACUCCAAGAAAUUGAAUAUAUGGAGAACCAUAUGAACAACAAGAGACUGACCACAGACUUGGGUAGCACUGAAAACUUGCUGCUUAAAGAGGACAACUCCUCAUGCUCUUCUUCCUCUUCCUCCUCUUCUAAAAACUUAAAAAAUGCCAGCAGCAAUGCGGCCAAUUCCUCACCCCGUGGUCAUAGUGCCACAAAUGGCAGUGUAUCCAGUUGUAUGUCGUCAUCUGCUGGAAAGAACGAGAAGAAGCACAAGCUGACUGUUGGAAAGGCAGCUGCUGGAGGCUCCCACAAGGAUCCCACAGACAACUGUAUCCCCAAUAACCAGCUGAGUAAACCAGAAGCACUUAUCAGAUUAGAGCAGGAUGUUAAAAAGUUAAAGGCAGAUUUGCAAGCCAGUCGCCAAGUGGAGCAGGACCUCCGCAGCCAGAUAGGCUCUCUGGGCAGUGCAGAGCGCUCGGUCCGCACAGAGCUGAGCCAACUGCGUCAGGAGAAUGAGCUGCUGCAAAACAAACUUCAUAAUGCCGUGCAGGCAAAGCAAAAAGACAAACAGACCGUAGGCCAACUGGAGAAGAAACUGAAAGUGGAGCAGGAGGCGCGGGCCACUGCAGAAAAGCAGCUUGCAGAAGAAAAGAAACGCAAAAAACUGGAGGAGGCCACGGCGGCGAGAGCAGUCGCACUCGCAGCUGCAUCCAGGGGAGAGUGUACGGACACAUUGCGAAGGCGAGUAACUGAGUUAGAGGCAGAGUGUAAAAAGCUCACUAUGGAUAUAAAGGUUAAAGAAGACCAGAUCCGUGAUCUCGAGUCAAAAGUUCAGGAACUUCAUAAAUACAAAGAGAAUGAAAAGGACACAGAGGUACUUAUGUCUGCAUUGUCAGCCAUGCAGGACAAAACACAGCACUUAGAAAACAGCCUGAGUGCAGAGACUAGGAUCAAACUAGACCUCUUCUCUGCACUCGGAGAUGCCAAGAGACAGCUUGAGAUUGCACAAGGCCAAAUUUUACAAAAGGACCAGGAAAUAAAAGAUUUAAAGCAAAAGAUAGCCGAAGUUAUGGCUGUGAUGCCCAGCAUCUCGUAUGCAGCCGACACCAGCAGCAUGAGCCCUGUGGCCCCACACUACUCCUCCAAGUUCAUGGACACAAAUUCCUCCGGCCUGGACCCCAACGCCUCAGUUUACCAGCCACUCAAAAAAUGA